AUGGCAAAUAGCACUGAUCAACCAACACAACCACAAUUAAGAUAUGGCUUGAAACCAAAUGAUGCAAUAUUAUCUCGAGAUGAACAUAAAGAUCUAAUCGAACGACUUUUACGUGACUGUACUUAUGAAUUUAUUGCCGGUGGUUCAACGCAAAAUACAAUGAGAGCAGCGGUGUGGUUGCUUCAACAACCAAAUGUCGCUACAUACAUGGGCUGUGUUGGUCAAGAUAAAUAUAAUCAAUUGCUGCAUGUAGAAGCAUCGCGAGCUGGCCUUAUUUUAUCGUAUCAAGUCGAUCCAGAACAUCCAACAGGAACGUGUGCUGUAUUAAUCACAGAUAAUAACAGAUCAUUAGUUGCUAACCUUGGUGCGGCUAAUCAUUUUACAAUAUCACAUUUAGAAAAAAAUUGGAGUUAUCUUGAAAAUGCAAAAAUUCUUUACACAGCUGGUUUUUUUUACACAGUGUGUCCAGAAGCUGUUAUGAGUAUUUGUGAACAUUCAAAUAAAACUGAUAAAUACUUUUGUACAAAUUUGUCGGCUCCAUUUAUUUGUGAACAUUUUGGAACCCGAUUAAUGGAGGCAAUGCCCUAUGUUGAUUAUCUGUUUGGAAAUGAAACAGAAGCAAGAUGUUUUGCCAAAACACAAUUGAAACUAGAUACUGAAGAUGUUCGUACUAUAGCCAAAGCAUUAAGUGAAUUACCAAAAACAAAUAGUAAACACCCGAGAGUUGUUAUUAUCACUCAAGGUUCAGAUCCCACUGUAAUGGCGACAAAUUCUGAAGUUCGAAGUUUUGUAGUAAAAAAACCAUUGGCGAUUGUUGAUACAAAUGGAGCUGGAGAUUCAUUUGUUGGAGAAAUGGACAAUGUUGUAUUAAAUGUAACAAAUUCAACAUCGUCAACAACUCAAACCACAUCAGCCACCACUACUUCAUCAUCAUCUCGUCCCGUUCAUUCUUCUAAACGUACAUUUUCUGAUUCGGAUAGUUCAAGUCGUACUGAACGUCAUCUCUAUUCAUUUUCUCACAUGUGGAUCAUCAAUUAUCUUUCAUCAUAUAUCGAUGAUUCUGGAUCACCGAAUUGUUUACAAUCAGAACAGUUUUCACCGAUUGGCACACCAUAUUCAAAUACAAAUUGGAGUUUAAAAUUAUAUCCUAGAGGUGUUAACGAUAAACAACAUAAUUAUAUUGCCAUAUUUCUCAAAUAUGUUAGUGGUACAACGGCAAAUAUCAAGGCAAAAGCAGAAUUUAAUUUGAUUAGUCGACAAAAUGAAUUAGUCAUGUUAAGAUCAACAAAUUUUCACACAUUUAAUUCUGGAUCAGAUUGGGGAUAUUCCGAAUUUCUAGAUUCGACGUAUUUAAAUUCUCGGCGUUCAGAUUUACUCAGCGAUGAUCGUUUACGAGUGUAUGUUCGAGUUAUUAUUGUUGAUGAAAAAGAGAAUAAUUUUAACAAUGAUCUGUUACUUCAACAACAACAGUUAGCCACUCAGUCAAAGAUUACUACAUCAUGCAGCUCUUCAUCCUCGUCUGCCUCUUCUUCAUCAUCCGCAGGCUCUCAUCAAAAUUCAUCAAAUCCGACAACUUCUUCUCUACCUAUCACACAUCAUUUUUAUCAAGGUCUAUUCGCGGACGAUAAAGAACGUUUGAAAUCAAUAGAAUUAUUAUCAAAACAAAUUAAAACAUUGUUUGAUGAACAAAAAUUUACAGAUGUUAAUAUACAUGUCAUACCAAAACAACAACAGAAAAAACGAACAUUAUCAUAUUCGAGUUGUUGCUCAUGCUGUGAACAACAACAACAAGAAGAACAGUAUACUCAAGUGCCCAAUAAAGAUCAACAUCACGAUCAAGUAGAUGAUCAAUCUUCUCGUUUAAAUCCAGUCACUUCAACUGUUACAUCAAGGCGUGCAACACGAUCGACAUCUCGCAUAGCCCAAUCUAGUUCAUCUGAUUCUACAUCCUCUUGUUCAACUUCAACGCCAAAUUGUGUUGAAGAAUUGUCAACUCUUUCAUUUAAACCUACAAAACGUUUAAUAGCAUGUUCUUGUUUUUGUCAUCAUCAUACACAUGUUGAAUCUCGUCGAUAUAAAGAUGAAAUUCACAUCGAUGAAUCAUCAUCGUCAUCAACUGAAUCAUUACAAGACACUGCCUGUUCUCCUGUCGUACGUCCAUUGGCUACAUAUCAUGCUCAUAAAGCUAUUUUAAUGGCGCGUUCAUCUGCAUUUGCUCAACAAAUCAGUCAUACUGAACAAAAACAACAACAUUCAAUAAUAACAAAGCCGAACCGUACUGAAUUUAAUGGAAACGAAUCUACAACAUCAAUAGACAUUUAUAUUGAUGGGUUAAAACCAUCCACAGUCCAAGGUAUGUUGACGUAUAUUUAUGCUGGUCGAAUUGAUACAAAAUCUUUAACUACUGAUGCUCAGGACGAUCAAGGUAUAAAUCCGAUUGAUUUAUUUCGUGCUUCAGUAUUCUAUGAUUUACACGAAUUACGUGAUAUAUCCAAAUAUCAAAUGUUAGAAGCGUUGAAGUCGGACACAGCUGUGGAAAUGUUAGAAGUUGCUGAUGAAGCAAAUGAUUAUGAAUUGAAACAACAAGUUUUAUCGUAUAUUCGUUCGAAUGCCGCUGCUGUUUCAAAGACUAAUGGUUGGCUAAAUUUUUCCAAGAAAAAUCCUCAUUUACUUAUUGAUGCAUUUCGAUCAUUAGUCACACCACCAAAUACCUUAGAGUCAACAGAAACCGCUAAAUGUCAUCAUAGAUCACAUGUUAAAUGUUUAAAACAUGAAUAA